UAAUCAGAUAACUGUCUCAUUGAUAUACCCUUUAGUGAUUCUGCACAUAUAUCUGUCAAAUACGCUCCUAAAGUAUGAAACUAGGCUCUCUCGCGACGGUCUGCGCGUUUCUCUUCAUCCAGGCACUUGCUGUGAGAAUCACCGAAAACACUUAUGUGAAUGAUAAGGAACCCAAAUCCUUGAGCAAAGUUUAUGUAAGUAGAGGGGCAUAUUAUUAUAUUGAAAACAGCCCUCUAGUUUCUAUGAAACAUUUUGUUCACAUUGAGGGUACUUUAUUGAUCACAAGCAGGAAUACUUUUCCAGCGUCGGUGGCUAUGACCGGGCGGUAUUUUGAAAAUCGGGGGUGGGUCGCCUUCACUUCUUUGCUUUCGGAGUCUCAAUCUUAUUUCCAUAUCGUUACAAACGGGUUUUUCCGAAACCUUGGCGAAAUGUAUUUUGGUAUUUCUAGAGCUCAAUAUCGGUAUGUGCCAUUCAUAGUUAAUUCUGGGGAAUUUUGGGAAAACCACAAUAAAAUGGUGUUCGAAAGAAAAUCCACUGAACCUGCACAGUUGAUGAUCAAUUCUGCGAGCACUACAAUCCUAAACAUGGGAUCCAUUUGUUUGAUCGGCACCUACUGGGCGACAACUACAAAUAUAGACGGAAGUGGCUGUAUCACCGUGGACUACGCCUCUAACUUGGAUUUGCAGUUCUCCGGCGGUACGUGCUUUGUUUCUUCAGCUCAAACUAUCUACUUGAAGUCUCUGUAUUCAUUUUUGAGAAUCUUUGGGUUGAACUUAACCCCGAAUGUCGUCCCUAUCAUCAAAGUUGCAGGUUUUGGGGGAGGAAAUGGGAUACACCUCUUUGAUACCAAUUCUGUUAUUGAACACUUUUACGAUUGCAACACAGGCUAUUUGACACUCUAUAUCUGCGGCAGUCCCAUUAUUAGCUUUGACAUUGGUCUCUAUUAUGAUCAAUUAUUUUGUGUAGCAACACAAUCAGGAUUUGUGAGUAUCACUUACAACUCUGAAUGUCCCAACGUGGCUCCAACUUUAUGCUCAUGUGAAAUAUCUUGGAUUGAACCCCCACCCACGACUCCUUCCCCAUCGACGCUGUCAUCUGUUUACAAGACCCCAUCGACGCUGUCAUCUGUUUACAAGACCCCAUCGACGCUGUCAUCUAUUUACAAGACCCCAUCGACGCUGUCAUCUGUUUACAAGACCCCAUCGACGCUGUCAUCCGUUUCAUUAGUGUCUCGUGUGUCUUUGUCAGUUUCGUCUGCUCCUUCAUCGUCAACAAUUGAACUGCUGACAAUUCCUUCGUCAACUGUUUUUUCUGCAUCAUCUGAAACUUUUUCUGUUUUGUCUGAGUCUUUUAUUUCUUUAUCUAUUUCUGUUUCUGAAGUUUUGGAGUCGGAGUAUACUUUGAUUCAUGUCGCAACAACGUCUGAGACCUCUAUUGAAUCUGACUGCAACCCUGCUAUCGUUGAAACCGACACUGCUGCAUCUUUGACAGCUUCUGCAUCAUUGGUGCCGGCUGCUUCAAACUUCAAAAGCGAAAGCAGUCAAUCUCCAGAAAGUACCAAAGGUCCAAUCACAAGAGAAACCCCGGCUCCGAAUACCUCUUGCGAUGAAGGAGGAUUCUGCACUCCAGUCGUGGAGACUACUACUUUAAACAUUGCUCCUGUCCCAAGUGGAGCUGCUAAAGUGAGCUACACGACUGAGACCCUCAUUUUCACUACCACUAUCUCUUGCGGCCCAAGUUCAUAUUCUACUUCGAUUUUGACUGUCACUCGGACUGUGAGUAUCGACUGUGAUACUUCUGAAACUGGUGAAGGGCCAAAUCCUACAGUGGCUCCCGCGACAGAUGCCCCGGGGCACGUUCUGGGCAGCACCACCAGUUCUGCUACACGACUGAGACCCUCAUUUUCACUACCACUAUCUCUUGCGGCCCAAGUUCAUAUUCUACUUCGAUUUUGACUGUCACUCGGACUGUGAGUAUCGACUGUGAUACUUCUGAAACUGGUGAAGGGCCAAAUCCUACAGUGGCUCCCGCGACAGAUGCCCCGGGGCACGUUCUGGGCAGCACCACCAGUUCUGGUACUAUGACUGAAACCCCGAUGUCUUCUGUUUCGCCAUUUGAGGGCGGAGCAGGGUCGAGAUCCGUGGUUCUGGGUAUGUUCGUUUUAUCUUUGUUAGCCUUCCUUCUCUAGGCUGUUUUCUAUGGCCGUAUUGAUUUCUGUCGACACGCUUUAUUUUCGAGGUUGUGCA